AGUGGGAUCCACCCUUUAACUGCAAUGCCGGCAUGUACCUGUUCUGCUGUGGCUCAUGCUACUAUCGCUUCUGUUGCCAGUUCAACGGUCACAGCCUGGAUCAGACCAGUUGUUCCAAUUAUGACACACCUGCCUGGGCCAAUACAGGAAAACCUGCCAGUGGCAAUGACGGCAACAAUGCUAAUGCCAAUGCCAAUGCUAACACUAGCAAUAUGCCCAAGCCAGACCAGAUGCACAUGAUUGUGUAUGUGAUCUGUGGCGUGGUGGCCAUCAUGAUGCUCGGCGGAAUCUUUGCCAAAUUGGGUCUGGAGAGGACCCGCAGAGGAACUGGGGAUACCAGCAACACCAGAAGAUACAACAGCCAGAGACUACUAUAGAAGUUUCCCAUUGAUGGACCAAACAUACUGUCAGUCAUCACCUAC